UCCAAGAUGUAUCAAUAUUUAUCAGUAGCGUUCCAUCUAUUCUGGGUAUUAAGGCAAAGGAAAAGUUUGUCUGUAUUCCCUAAACUUUUCUGCGCAUGCUGUCGACGCAUUACGGGGUUUGCCCAAUUGGUAUUAUGGGGAGUUGAGAAUCUGCACAAUUGUCAAUUUUGGCUCUGAUAUUCCACGAAGAAGUCAUGCCUUUUGUCCUUUUUCCCACUUUUGCUUUCAUAUGCAUUAUACGUUUAUCUAGUUGUAGUAGUGUUUCUUUGAUCUAUCUGGAAAGCCAGGACCGACCAAACGGGACUGACAUACCUAAUAACAAUAAUACGACCUUGGCUCCUGUAUUGACGACCAACUCCAUCCAAACUGCCAAGCCAACAGAUGAAUCUACAAUAAUUAAUACAGUUACAACAGGAACAACAACUAUAGCAGGUACUAAAGGGCCAAAGGCGACAACUACUACAUCUACUGCAAAGACUCAAACAAAGCCUGUCAACACGUCCAAUAAUGUCCAUUUUAACACCGAGGACUUGAAUGACAAAAUCGACAAAAAGUUGGAAAAAACAGUAUGGAACCCAGCGGAGGACAAUGAGCCACCAGAGUUAGAAUGCCCUCCUCUGGGGCUGGAGUCUCUGAAGGUGAAGGACACACAGUUGCACGCGUCGUCCUACAAGCGUAAGGGGCUGGGACCUCACCGAGGAAGACUCAACAUCCAGUCUGGUGUUGCAGAUGGGGACAUCUACGACGGGGCCUGGUGUGCGCAGUAUGAGGAUCAGAAGCAGUGGCUGCAGGUGGACGCCCGCAGGCCCACCCGCUUCACCGGGGUCAUCCUACAGGGCCGUGCCUCCAUCUGGAGCUGGAACUUAGUGAGUACCUACAAGGUUCAGGUCAGCAACGACUCCAUCGCAUGGAAGCCGUGCAUGAAUGGCACAGGGGAAGCGGUUUUUGAAGGAAAUCAGGACACCGAGACCCCAGUCUUAGCUGUUUUACCAGAAUCAAUGGUGGCCCGCUACAUCCGCAUCAACCCUCAGACCUGGUAUGAGAACGGCACCAUAUGUCUGAGGGCUGAGAUCCUGGGGUGUGCCAUUCCAGACCCAAACAACAUCCACAUGUGGCAGGAGGAGGAGGGCUCCAGGGACAAGCUGGAUUUCAGACAUCACAACUACAAAGAGAUGAAGAAGGUCAUGAAGUCAGUGCAUGAGGCGUGUCCUGACAUCACCCGUAUCUACAGCAUUGGCAAGAGCUACAUGGGCCUCAAGCUCUACGUCAUGGAAAUCUCUGACAACCCAGGCAAACACGAGCUAGGCGAGCCGGAGUUUCGCUAUGUGGCUAACAUGCAUGGGAAUGAGGUAGUGGGCCGUGAGGUGCUGCUCAACCUCAUGCAGUAUAUGUGCCAGGAGUACAAAAGGGGGGACCAGCGCAUCGUGAGGCUGGUCAAAGAAACGCGCAUACAUCUGCUACCCUCUAUGAAUCCAGACGGCUACGAAAUGGCGUACAAGAAGGGCUCUGAGUUGUCUGGUUGGUCACUGGGUCGCUAUACCUACGAGAACAUCGACAUGAACCACAACUUUGCUGACCUGAACACCGUUAUGUGGGAUGCCAUGGAUCAAGAGUCGCUCUUGCUCUCGGUCUCGAAGUCCAAACUCAUCAACCACUACUUCCCCAUCCCAGAGCAGUACACCUCCGAAGACGCCUUUGUGGCAUCUGAAACUCGUGCAGUUAUCAACUGGAUGGAGAACAUCCCCUUUGUUCUCGGUGCCAACCUGCACGGGGGGGAGCUGGUGGUCACUUACCCCUUCGACAUGACCCGGGACUGGGCUCCUCGCGAGCACACCCCCACGGCGGACGAGAGCUUCUUCCGCUGGCUGGCCACAGUCUACGCCAGCACUAACCAUGUCAUGUCCGAUCCAGACCGCCGGCCGUGUCACAAUGAGGACUUCCAGCGGUACAACAACAUCAUCAAUGGAGCUAAUUGGCACACAGUUCCAGGCAGCGUGAAUGAUUUCAGCUAUUUACAUACCAACUGCUUUGACAUAACUGUGGAGUUGUCCUGUGAUAAGUUUCCUCAUGCCAGUGAACUUCCAAAGGAGUGGGAGAACAACAAAGAAUCUCUGCUGGUCUACAUGGAGCAGAUACACAGAGGAAUCAAAGGAGUAGUAAGAGACAAAGACACUGAAGCUGGCAUACCAGACGCAGUCAUUCAAGUAGAUGACAUUGAUCACCACAUCAGAUCAGCAUCUGAUGGAGAUUACUGGCGACUCCUGAACCCCGGUGAAUACGACGUUACUGUCACCGCCGAGGGCUAUUACCCCUCCAAGCGCUCGUGCCGCGUGGCAUACGAACACUACCCCACCAUCUGCGACUUCCGCCUCACCAAAACACCCAAGCAGCGUCUGCGUGAGAUACUUGCCAAAGGCGACAAGAUCCCCAAGGACCUGAUGCUGAGACUACGGCAGCUACGGCAGCGCAAGCUCCGCGCCACCACCAAAACCCUCAACCGCCGGCGGGAAUCACAGCGCCGGGCCCGGCAGACCCGAAGCCAGGCAGCCAAGUGACCUUUGACUCAAGCUUUUGGGCCAGUAACUGGACUGUGAUUUCAUCUGAUGCACAGCCGUUGUCAUUUCAGGCACCGGUGUGCUUUUUAAAUGCAGAAUGAAGAUGAGUGUGUUUAGGCUUACAUUUAAUCUAGUUCUCAGGGUUGGACAGAACAUAAUAGGUCUAUUUUUGCUGUGGUAGUCUAACAAAUUGUGGUCUUAUUUUUGCUGUGGUAGUGUAACACAUUGUGAUAUUUUGUUAUUCAGACUAAAUAGUGCAUAGUUGCUCCCAAAUCCAAAAGACAGAUGUCCACUACACCCCAACCCUUCCCUUAAGUGAGUGAGAGACAGAAAGAAUGAUCAUAAUGUUUUACAUAGACUUAAAUUGACUGUAUUUUGACACAAGAGAGUAACAUAUGACCACAAACUAGCUGUAGCUCAUGUUGCUGGCAAAUGGGGAAGAGAUGAUAAACUACAUAACUACAAAAGUCAGUCUGGAACUGACACUGUAUAAUCUACAUUAAAAGGAGAUGUUUCACCUA